AUGAAGUCCGUUCUUGUUGACUCAGCCCUGAGGCUGAAGGGUGCCUCUGAGAUUGAGAGGAAGGACUAUCGGGGAACUAGAUUCUUGAGGGCAGCAUUCACGAUCUACGACGGUGCCAGCUUCCUAGUCCCGGGCGGUGGCGCAGAAAUCAGACACAUUGAAGAACUUAUUCAAGCCCUCAACUACCAGAUCCAAAAUCCAAUUCGUUAUAACGACUCCCCCCAAAUCGGCACUCCUAUCAACGCCAUUCUAGACUGGCCUAUGUCUACCAAGGCGGAGUUCGCUGCAUUCAUCCGGGACGAUGUUAACCAGGUAUUCAAACACAUGCUGGUCUAUUGGGGCCAGUUCCUUACCACGAGGAAGUCAGUCGACCCAGUAACGACUGCCGAAGGAGGCUGGCUGGCACCCGUAGCCCAGACCCAGGAGGCUGGGUUGAAGAACUUCCUGGACACAUGUCUUUCCAGACCCGAACGACCCCAUUCAUUACGGCUUCACUUCAUGGGACCAAUUCUUCACUCGCGACUUCAAGAUAGGCCCCUGGCCGCUCGCGUGCCCGCGUGA